AUGGACGUGAGCGUGAUGCACUCAUUCAAGAACAAGAUACAGGACCAUGAUUUUUCUAGAAGCGCAAGUGAGCGUCGUUUGCUCUUGUCUCAUAUAAUUGGUAAGGCUUGGGAUAUGGUGGACAAGAAGGCCAUUAUCAGUGGCUUUAUAAAGGCAAACCAUAUUCCUAAAGGCCAUCGAGAUGCCAAUGGCAAAUUUAGGACUUACUUGUUGUCACCUCCGGAAGAUGCUGUUGUGCCUGAGUAA